AAAUUUAGAGGGCGCUGUUAAAAUUUGUGGGUAAAUCAGUUUGUAUCGUUAUAGGGUCCUGGAGUAAAUACUAAAUACAGUGAAUUCAAUCUGAGUGGACCGUUGUAUUUAAAAGGAACAAUAUAUCAUGCUGUAAAAGAACCCUGGCAAGUUGAAUCUGAACUUAUUAAAAAAAAAAAUGCUUGAGCCUUCCAAUAAAAGUGCAAGACUUCCACUUUAACUUCCUGGUGUAUUAUAGUACCAUGCACAAUGGGAAGGCCCAAAUCUAAUAAAAAGAAUUCAAAAUCAUCACAGAUGGGACAAAGCACAAAAGAAAAUAGAAGAAAGCAAAGAACAGUAAAAAUUAAACCAAAGAGGACAUCACCCAGUAUCAAACAUGAAGAGGAAAAGGGUUUUUAUUGUGCAUAUACAAUACCUAAGUCAAAGUUUCAGAAAUGGGCACCAUUAAAAGAAUCAACAUUCAAAUAUAUAAAAGAUAUCAUUACUUUUUCAACUAGCAUCCUGCUUGAAAAACAGAGAACAAUUUAUCAAUCAAGUACAAUGGAAGUUAUGGGUUUGCUACAGAAAAGAAUUGAAUCAGUAAUGAAACUAGUGAAGGCACCUGUUACAACAGUGGAUUAUUACAAAGUUGACACACUUUUGUCACAGCAAGAAAGAGUACUUAAUAAAUUGCAGGUGAAAUCUAACUGGCUGUCUAAAGUUCUGAAAGAAGAAGAAAGUGGCUAUAAAUAUGCCGUUAAUGCUACACUUGUGCAGACAGUGACAUUUUUAGAAUAGGAACUCAAAUUUGUGGUAAUUUU